AUGUUCGUGAAGCCGGAGAGCCUGGAGCUGAAGGCGGAGGGAGAGCUGCUGCUGCUGGGCCCGGCCUCGCCCUGCUCCGCCUCGCUCACCCCGCUCUCCUCCAGCGCGGAGGAAGAGGAGGACGAUGAACUCCAGGCGCCCUCGCCGGCCCGCCCGGCGGAGGAGCAGCAGGCGCGGCUGCAGCUGAGCCUGAGGCGGCACGAGUGCAAGCGGCGCUCCGGCCGGGCCCGGGCCGGCUCCCGGGGGACCAAGACAGCCGAAACGGUGCAGAGGAUCAAGAAGAGCCGGCGGCUGAAGGCCAACAACCGGGAGCGGAACCGCAUGCACAACCUGAACGCGGCGCUGGACGCGCUGCGCGAGGUGCUGCCCACCUUCCCCGAGGACGCCAAGCUCACCAAGAUCGAGACGCUGCGCUUCGCGCACAACUACAUCUGGGCGCUGACCGAGACCCUGCGCCUGGCCGAUCACUGCGGCGCCGCCGGCCUGCCGGGAGCCCUCUUCCCCGAGGCAGUGCUACUGAGCCCCGGCGGCGCGCCCGCCAGCACUGACAGCAGCCCCUCGCCAGCCUCCUCCUGGAGCUGCACCAACAGCCCCCUGUCCUCCGCCUCCUCCUCCUACAGCUGCACUUUAUCUCCCGCCAGCCCGGGCAGCUCCGCCUCAGACAUGGAUUACUGGCACCCAGACAAGCACCGCUACGCGCCGCCUCGCCCGCUGGCCAGGGACUUUAUCUAACAGCCCAUCUCGCCCCGGCGGUGCAGCCAGCCCGGGCCCUGCUGGCGGGGUGGCAGCUCGCGUAGUGCUGGUGCAAUAAGCCGCGCGGGGGCUGGAGAGCUGGCGUAGAUCCCAGGCAAGAGACUGGGGAAGGUCACAGUGGAUCUGACCCAAGCUGGGGUUAGGAACAGCCCCCGCCCCGCAGGGGAACCUCUGGCAGAGACACACGAGGAGGCCGAGCGCAGGGAAAGGGCUGCGAACAAGUCGGACGCGCUAAGGGACUGCGGGGCCUGUGAAUCUGCCAAGGAAGCGACACUGCGUGAUGUGCUCUCGUCACCUUUGAUUCUUCACUGACAUGUUAAUGUAUGACGGAAAAGUACUUGCGCAGCUGAACUAUAGGGCCGGUAACAAUAUUAGCCACAGAUUUGCAAUGCCUGGCAUCUGCUUUCUUCCCAGUGCUGCCUCAAGGCUGUGGGAAUUUCACCUGUCAAACCAAACUUUUCCUCUCUGAUGUGCACUUUGUUCAGUUUCCCAGCUUUGUUACAAUGCGUUUUUGUCCCGUCCUUCUCGUUCCUGCUCCCUCCCCCUAUUUUGCCAUCUGUCUCUUAUGAUUUAUAAGGGGGAAAAAGUUGUUUUGUUCCAGGCCCAGGUUAGAAGUCAUUGUAUAAUUUGUAGGCUUUGUAAUGAUUGAAUGCAAGCGUGGAAAUUUAGGCUGAACUCUCUAUCAAAAGAAAAAAAAUGUAGAGGAAAAGGGGGGGGAAAAUCAGGAGGGAGGAUUACCUCAUGCAUUAUUUAUCUCGACCCUUUAGGGGACGAGGCACUCCCCCAUUCUUUCAAGAGAUUAAAAAUAAAUCAACAAACUGAAAACCUAAACAGACACGGAGCAUUACAGCGAUCAGCCACACACGUGUUCACAUCUAUUUAUUAUAAAAGAAAGAUUUCAUGGAAGAUAUGUAUUUUUUGUAUAUUUCACAGAGUUUAUUCUAGUAUGUAUUUACAGCUGAAGAGCAA